AUGCCUCUGAAAGCUGCCAGUGCUUUUGGGCGCUUGAAAGGGGAUCUGGUCUUUUUGGUGACGCUCAUGUCCCUGCCGAGCCCCGCAUGGCCCCAGCGAGACGAGCCUCCCCCCUGCAGCACUGCCACCGGCCUCCCGCCGGCCUCAUCCGACAGUGACUCCGGCUGUGCCCUGGAAGAGUACCUGGAGCCCCCUGUGGACCCCGCUCCCUCUGAGGUCCCGGUGUGCUUCGGCACCCGCUCGCCGCAGCCUGCUUCUCCCGCCGACAGGAUCCGGCUCCGCGCCAGAGCCCUCCUGCAGCAGCUGCCUCCUCAGGACUGCGAUGAGCGGUACUGCCCCGACCUCGCAGAGGAGGAGAGGAGGCAGCUACAGGCGUUCAGCGCCCGACGGAGACGGGAGGCCCUGGGGCAGGGGCUGGCAUGUCCCGUGCCGGGUCCCUGCCAUGGCUGUCCCUGCAAGAAGUGCGGCAGGAAGCUGAACAAAGGGGACCCGGGGAUUUCGGCAUCCCGGCUGGGGGACCAGUUCUGGCACCCAUCCUGCUUCUCCUGCCACUUCUGCCACCAGCCCCUGGUGGACCUCAUCUACUUCCAGCAGGACGGGAGGAUCUACUGCGGCCGGCACCACGCCGAGCUCUUCCGACCCCGCUGUGCCUCCUGCGACCAGCUGAUCUUCAUGGAGGAGUGCAUCGAAGCGGAGGGCCGGCGCUGGCACCUGGAGCACUUCUGCUGCCUGGAGUGCGACGUGCCCCUGCGCGGGCAGCGCUACGUGAUGAAGAGCGGCCGGCCCUGCUGCCGCGGCUGCUUCGAGAGCCUCUUCGCCGAGCCGUGCCAGGCCUGCGGGGACCCCAUCGGUGUCGACAGCGAGGAGGCCACCCACCAAGGGCUGCACUGGCAUGCCCGAGCCGCCUGCUUCUGCUGCAGCCUCUGCCGAAAGCCGCUGCAUGGGCAGCCCCUCACCUCCCGCCGCGGCCGGCUCUUCUGCUCCGAGACCUGUAGCCUGGGACAGGAUGCAUCCUCCACCGCCUCCGACUCCUCCGACUCAGCUAUCGCCUCAGCCCCGUCCCCCGACUCGACGCCCCUCUCCCGAGCCGGCCCCGCCAGCAGGACCGUGCCGGGGACAGGCAGCACCUCGGCGGCCGGGGGCUGCAGGCAGCGGGUGGAAGGGGCUGAGGCGUUUCUGGAUCAGGCCUCCAUGCAUCCAGCGUUCAGGAGCCUGGAGGACCGCGGAGCAGCCGCUAAGGAGUGGCGCAGGGAUGCUGGGAACGCAGGGAUGCUGGGACCACCGGCCGGACACCCCUCCGGCCCCCAGCCCAGCACAGAGGGUCCAAAUGGGCCUGGAGCCCCCAACCAUCCAGUUUUGGGGGGCCCUGACCCACGAACACCCACAGGCCAUGGAAACCCACAUUUCCGAGCGGGCAUGUCCCCUGCCCGAUACAGCCCACGGCCGGAGGACAUCGACCUACAGGACAUCACGGAGGAGGAUGACUCCUGGUGUCCCACCUGCUCUUCAUCUUCAGACUCGGACUCGGAGGAAGAGGGUUUCUUCUUCGGGAAGCCCAUCCCCAAGCCUGGGAUGAGCUCCCUGGGCAGGGAGCCCCUGGGGAGGGCCGGGAGCAGGACGGCGAAGCCACGGGGCAGCAGCAAGCACUGCAGCGUGUCCUAG